CGAUCCCGUUCAAAAUGGCUUCCGUUACUCCCAUGAUUCCUACCACGGUCAACGGACGGCAAACUCCCUUGGGAAAACUUUCGUCUCCCUAUCGGCCGGCUCCGGUCAAGAGCCGAUACACCAAAUCGCCGAACAAAGUGUCCCGCAACAAUACGUUCAUCGCGACGAGCCGCCGAACGGCCGAAAACGGAGGGGAUGGGCUGCGCUCCAACAACGUUGAUGACGAUCACCAGGGAAAGGUGAAAUGUGUUAGCGCCGGUGCCGUUGAAGGGUUAAAGCAGGAACCGGUGUACGAAGGUUCCAAUUUGGUAGAUAUCUUCAACGGGGAUGCUGUCAAGCUUUCAGGCUCGGAAGAAGAUCAGCACCUGGAAGAAAAGGAGGUCGAUUCGCCUGUUGUCGUUCAGCCUACUGUUUCCGAAGAUAUCCCCAAAAAGCCCAGCGCGAUCCCCGUGAAAACAAAAUCCUCCGUAGUGCGUCCGAUUCGAUCCCAGCGUAGCAUUUUCAGCGGGAAUGACUCGAAAACCAUCAAGUUUCUACUCAAGUUGACCACCAAGAGCUACUUCGAGACGCUCAAGUACGAAAUCGAUCGCAUCAAGGAAAACGAUCGGAAGAUUCAAGAUCAGGCCAGUUCACAUGCGCAAUCGAUCAUGGCAUUGAUCAGCAAGGGCGUUGACUUCGAUCGCAAGAUGGAGGAACUGCGCGCGCAAAAUGUCAAAUUGUUGCUGGAAACUAGGGAAAAGGAUCGCAUUCAGCUGGAUACGGUUAACGCGAUCACCAGCGAGUUGAACGAGCUCAAAUCAGUUUGUAACCUUCUCUUGAAAAACAUCGAAAAGGAUCAUGAAUUGGAACUUCUGGCCAAAAAGCUUCGCAAAUCCAAGCGUUUCGAUUCUAACACAUACAAAAUGCUCAGAUCCCAACUGAGAAAACCUCUAGAACGAAACGUAUCGAAAAAAGUUUCCCCGAAGCUUAUACCUAAACAAUCGAUCACUUCCCUGCCUUCACGAGCACGUAGUGAAACGGUUGUAAGACGACAAAAAUCCAAGGCCUCUCGAUGGUCGUCGGCCAAACAGAAGAGCGAUUGGUCAUCACUUUCCAGUAUGUCUUCGGUGGAGACCGGUUCGGAUAUGCUGACGGACAUUGAGAUAACCUCGGACAAGAAAAGUCGAAGCACCCGGACUUCGCGGAAAAGUUUGAACCUUCCGGCGAUUGAAACCUAUUGUAGUUCCGCUCAAGAUUUGUCUACCAAAGGACAAGAGAAAGCCAAGAAGCGAACGGGAUUUUUGAAGAUCUUCUGUUGUGGAAGUGGGCCAAGGAUAUCGAAGCAUGUUGUCGACUUGAAAGAUUCAUGAUACGUAAAAUC